AUGUCAACCGUAUCUUGUCCAGCAUCCACAUCGUUUUCUAUGGCGAGUCUUGACGCCCCGCAAGAAACUCCAGGUAGCUUCGAGUUCACACCUACCAUGAUGUCAACCUCGACGUUUUCCUCAAGUCCUUCACCCUCCAUUAUCUACGGUCCAACGCAUCAUAGCUCAUUUGGUGCAGGAUUCGAUAUCGACAAAGAAGCUGUUGAAGUUAGAGAAUCUCAGCUGAUAAUGGAUUACAACCGAAGGCGAUAUCCCAACUCGAAUAGAGAUCUUGCUCUCACCUUGGGCUACAAAUUAUGUACCGGUUAUACCAACAGAGAUGGAAGUGGCGAGUCCGACAACCCAUUCAAGAUCAAGGUCGAACCUGUGAUGAAUAUCAAUUGGGAUCGAUUGAUCCAGGACAUCCCAUUUGGCGAUCAAGGAAGAACACAAGGUCCCUGUGGAGUACAAGAAGUACAGGAGUUGAUGGACCAAGAGGAGGUGUAUGAAUGUAAGGGAAAGGUCAUGAUGCGGAGAACCGAAAGAUCAAAAGGGAAGACACGAAGCGAUACGAAAGUUCCUGAACCAAAGAAUUUAGGUAAAGUCAACCGAAAAACACAAAAACAUACAAAUCGAAAAUCAAGAAACACGGCUACCGAAUCUCAAAACAAAAGGAAGGCUCGACUUGCCACUUACCCAGCGGAUUACCCUUUCCACACCCACCAGCUCGGCAAUGGCAAAUAUGACUCCCCUGAACCUUUCUUCGAACCAUCAUAUACUGACUGUGCCCCCAAAUCCGUAAAUAAACGAUCUUCAUCGAAAUCUUCGAGAACUUCCACCGAUUCCGAUAAGACUCUCGUGGAGAACGACAGCCAGCCGAAGACCUUACAAGGUAUCGUACUCUACAAGAUCCAAAACGUCAAUAUCCAGCUGGUGCCUACUUAUCAUUAUGCUCGUACCACUCUCAAGAAGGCCAUCCCGUUGUCAAAUUCAAGUUCAAGUAGUAGCUUGAUCACCAAUGACGAUCUAGAUAGGGAACACCAGCAGCGAAAGGUCGAAAGAGCCAAAGCAAAAAGACAAGAGAGGGAGAAGAUCAGGGGGAACUUUCCUGAUUUGGCUCUUGGGGCGAUGGAUAUGUACGUGAAGAAUUACGGUGAAGAAGUAGGUAUGGAGAGAUUUGCCAGGUGGUUACUUUUCGAGAAGGAGUUUUAUGAGGUUGAAUAUACCCUUGAGAUGGCGAUCGAGGAAAGACGAAGAAGGUCGACUUGGUACCGAAGGAUGCUCUGGUAA